GUUUCCACUCUGUGUCUCCUCCAUUUAGGCAGGAAUGACAUUUUGAGAUCCACCCCUUCAGCGCCAAGUGCCCCUUCACAGCAUCUACCGACGGAUCAAGCACACGCAAUGCCGACGACUGAAGACACUGAGAAGGACGUGCCGGCAGUGGCCUCCGAUACCUCCAAGAAGGUAGCGAAGAGUCCAUGGCUGUCCGCGUAUUUCAACUCCGUGGCUGGGAUCAAGGCGGCAUCAAGUUGCAUACAACUGGUGGAUGUCUACGGCGACGGUGAUGCCAAGCUCGUAGUUGCCGACGGAGAUCAACGGCUCAAGAUGUAUAAGGGAUCGUCACUUCACGGAGAGCAAGCGGUUCUAGGAGUGCCAUCGGCUUUGAGCUACUUCUACUCGGACAACAAUCGGCCACGCAUCCCUGCGAUUGCUGUUGCCUCGGGUCCCUAUAUCUUCAUCUAUCGCAACUUCCGUCCGCAUUACAAGUUCACCGUCCCCUCGAUCGAGAUCGAUGCUCAGGAGACAAAGCUUUGGGAGGCGCUGGCGAAAUGCACGAUUGAAGUCCCUGACGCUCUCGCACAACUUUCAACCAUGCGUGGGCUAGGCAUUCGGCUAUCAGAGCGUUCGAGAGGGCUCCUGGCGAUUGACAACAUUGAGGAGCAAGCUGAAUACGUCUCCCGCUUCAUGGACGACCCGCUCGUUGAGCGCUCGUGCGUGACCUGCAUGACUUCUAUCAACAAGAACAUGGAUGACAAGGACGCGGUGAGCUGCUUAGUGGUGGCCACGGAAGGUUGCAUGGUGUAUGUGUUAGACCCUCAGGGUACGUCGCUCAUCCAGCAGAUCAAGGUUCCGGGUGUGCCGGUGGAAAUUGUGGCUGUCGGGUUGCUAGACGUCGAGUGCCGACUGGUUAUCACGACUCGCAAUGGGUCCGUAUACAUGAUUAAGAAUGGUGAGCUGCUGAAGUCGGUGAUUGAGCUGGAGUCUCCUGCUUGCGGCUUGGUGCAGCUGGAGAAGAGCAUUGUGAUUGCAUCCAUGAGUCGCAAACUCACGUCGUAUCACCUCAAGGGCAAGAAGAACUGGAGUCUGACCAUGAGCGACGACAUUGUGGCUCUUGAGGCAUUCAGUCUUCGUCGUACGAAGGACACACGCGGCGUUCUUGUGGCUUUACGCAAUGGCGAAGUCACGCUGUACAACGAAAAGGUGAAAGUGUGCACCCUCAGUACGGAGACGGUGCUGACAGGAAUGCGCUUUGGUCAGUACGGCCGCGAAGAGGCCUCGCUCGUGCUCGUUCAAAAGAGCGGCGCGCUUUCGCUCAAGAUCCUGAAGCGCACAGCCAGUCUAGAGGCGAUUUCUGAGGCAGCAGGCCCUCCCCCGGAACAAGACAUCCCCCUGAACAUCCCCAAGAAGACGACCUUGUACGUCGAACAAACCCAGCGCGAGCGAGAUCACGCCACCGAAAUGCACCGCCAUUUCCAGCGAGACCUGUGCAAAUUGCGACUGACCACGGCUCGAGCUUACGUGAAGAUCAUCAAAGACGGACAGGGACCAGUAUCGUACUCGACGGGUGCAGCAAUUCGCCUGAAUGCACAGGUGCAGGGAAUCGGUCCGUUCUUCCGAAUCAAGCUGAAUGUCCAGAAUGCUGGUACCAAGGCGGUGACAGACAUUACCGUGGCCUUCCACUACGACCACGAGCUGUACCGCGUCGAGCAGAGCUUGCUGUUGAUUCCCCUCGUGAUUCCCAACGUGCAAUACCAGUACGCGGUGGAUGUGGAGAGCAUCUCGGAGCUCGGCGCUGCCGACAACGUGUCCAUCUUCGUGUGCGGCAAGGACAGCUGCGUCCCGCUCGUUUCGGCAGUGGUGAGCAUGCCGUUGAGCGAGCCGGAGAUGUAG